CCGAUCAUUUCAUUGACACUGAUAUGGAGGAGGAUGAUUUAUCUCUAAAAAAAACCAAAAAGAAGGCAAAAAGGUGGCUAAAAUAGAAAGAGACAGAGCCAAAAGAAAAGUAGAAAGAGCUAAAAAAAGAAAACGAGCAACAAGAAAUAGAUAUGUCCAACCGAGAACGAGAGAAAAAAGAAAGAGCUAUGGCCAACAAAAAAAAGUUACGAAGUUUUGAGAAGAUUAUUAGGAAUUAAGGGCGUCGAAUGACACUGAUGAUAUGCAGGAGGGUGGUCUCAGCAGUUUUGGUCCUUUGUCUGCGUACCACGACAAACAAAUUGUUGGGCUCCCUCAAAAUUAUGAAGAGGAUUGGAGGUACAAUGAGUAUGUUCAAGAUAUUAAUGGGUAUGAUGUUAGGAUUAAUCACUUUUCUGAGGACGAGGUAUUCGAAAAAUCUGGUGAUGAUGAUACUGAUGCUAAGAAGACAUCUGCACCUUCAUCACUACCUAGAUCAGAUAUAACGCGUAUGAUUGGGAUGCAUCUACUUGUGGCCAAGGUUGAACAAUCAUCCCAGCCAUCUCCUAGAACUGGCAUAUUGCUGCCUCUACAUGACACGAAAGGUGUAUACCUGCUCACCUUUGAUGGGUAUUACACCAAGAACAACAACCAGGGAGAGAAUGGAGGUUAUGGGGCCUUGUUGCGGUGUGGGGAUGGUACGCCUGUUGAUGUUGUUGCUGGAGGCUCCAAACUUUGGAUCUCAUCAUACUUUCAUACCUUGGAGGGCCUCUAAAGCGGUUUGGAUCUUGCCAUCUCUCGUGACAUCGAGGAACUGUAUUGUGUCUGCAAUUCACAAAGGGUUUGCGACACACUUCGCGACUGCUUCAUCAACAAUGAUGAUGGUGAGUGUCUCUAUCACCGCGAUGAUUAAUUUGAUUUAGUCUGCCGACCUUGUUUGCAAAGUAAAUUAAUGACAGAAGAACCAUUUGAUCUUGUAUACGAGGUGGUGAGAGAAAUAGUGCAAAAGGGUCAACGUUACUAUCGAAGUUUUGAAGGUUUGGUAGAAUCCCAUGUGAAAGAAUGGAACAAACCAACAGACUUCCUUGCCAAGUUUGAGCGCGGCCUUGGAGUCGAUACGGAUCUUGCACCAGAUGAGUUCCCGAAUGAUUGAAGGAUGUUGUUUACCAGC